AUGUCAGUUAUGCCCAUAACCCCAACGAAGCGCAUUAAGAGAACUCUGUUUGACGAUGUCCCAGCAACACCUCCAAGGCCUCUGAAGAAGAAGAGAUUGCUCUUCACAAGUAUCACACCUGAGUCCUCUCCAGAAAAACUACAGUUCGGUCCUCAAUCUAUCUUCCUAAGGACGAAGGCACUUCUGCAGAAAUCAUCAGAGUUGGUAACCUUGAAUAACAAUGGCGGUGCUUUACCAGCAAGAACCAAGGAAUAUGAGCAUGUGAUGAAAUUUUUGUCCGAAUCUAUCUCUGAGCACAAAUCUGAUUCGCUAUACAUCACAGGGCCACCAGGCACCGGCAAAACUGCCCAGCUGGACAUGAUUAUAAGACAGAAGUUCCAAUCAUUACCACUGUCACUAUCAAUGUCAAGUUCGGCCCACCCACCAAGGCACACGAACCCGCACUUGCAGAACCUGUCUUGGUUUGAAUUGCCUGAUGGUAGACUGGAGUCUGUGGCGGUGACCAGUAUUAACUGUAUAUCACUAAGCGAUCCGUCUUCCAUUUUCCAAAAGAUUUUUGAUUCUUUCCAAGAUUUGAAUGGCCCCACUUUGCAAAUCAAAAACAUGCACCAAUUACAAAGAUUUUUAGAGCCUUACCAUAAGAGGACCACCUUCGUGGUAGUGCUAGAUGAAAUGGAUAGACUAUUGCAUUCCAACACGAAUGAGACUCAAUCAGUUAGAACAAUUCUUGAGUUGUUUCUUUUGGCAAAAUUGCCCACCGUGAGCUUCGUGCUGAUAGGUAUGGCUAAUAGUCUGGAUAUGAAAGAUAGAUUUCUUUCCAGGCUAAACUUGAAUAGAGAUCUGUUGCCACAAACGAUAGUUUUCCAACCAUAUACCGCUGAGCAGAUGUAUGACAUUAUCAUUCAGAAAUUAAGCAGUCUACCCAGCAUCAUCUUCCAACCAAUGGCAAUUAGAUUUGCAGCAAAGAAAUGCGCAGGUAACACUGGCGACCUGAGGAAGCUUUUUGAUGUUUUAAGAGGAAGCGUUGAAAUUUACGAGUUGGAAAACCGAUUGCUGCUCUCGUCGAUGAGCAAGUCCAUGAGGUCUACGCAGGUACCGUUAACACCAACGACAUCACCAGUAAAGCAACCAUCGUCUCAAUCACAAGGCAAAAUAGGUUUGAACUAUAUUGCCAAAGUCUUUUCCAAAUUUAUGAACAAUAACUCGACAAGAACGAGAAUUACAAAAUUGAACAUUCAGCAAAAAUUAAUUCUUUGUACUAUCAUCCAAUCGCUUAAGAUAAACUCGGACGCUACAAUUGACGAAUCGUUCGAUCAUUAUAUCAAAGUUAUCACUAAGACUGACACUCUAGCCCCGUUGCAAAGAAAUGAAUUUUUAGAAAUUUGUACAAUUUUAGAAACAUGCGGUCUAGUCUCCAUCAAAAAGACGAAGUGUAAGGGGAAAACCAAAAGAUUUGUAGAUAAGAUUGAUGUGGAUCUCGAUAUGCGGGAGUUUUACGAUGAAAUGACAAAAAUUUCAAUCUUGAAACCUUUCCUACGCUAG